UGCUCGUCACGCACCUCACAUCUUCGACAUCCAGCGCUGAAAGCGACGUGACGAGGCUGAGAAGUGCGUAUUCCACAACCACUACUACUAAACCUCUACCAAGAACUCUUCGCACCAGAGAUAUCAACAUCUCUCUGCCGCCUCCAGACACGCACGAUGACAAACCCACCACCACCCACCAUAUCCCCUCCCACUCUCACCUCAACUUCGAUCAUCUCCCCACCCCCACCAAGCGACCCCAUCUCCCCCGUCUCCCGCACCUCCACCUUCCCUCACAAGACCAGCCCAGCAGUCUCUAGCCAAACACCGUUGAUUGAUACAAACACACCCGCAAUAAACGAUGCGCCGGUCGAGUUGGACGGCGGUGCGAUAACGCCUGAGGAACUGAGGAGGCGUACUAGUACAACGGUGGAGGCGGUGGGUGGUAUGAGUGGUGUGAGGGGCUCGAUGCGAUCGCCGGACGAUGGGGAAGGGAUUGAUGCGGAGUUUCUAGGCGAAGGGGUGGAUGCGGGGAAGGGGAUUAGGGAGAAACGCGCCGCGAUGCUGGCUUCGCGCUCGAAAGACCCCAGCGUUAUCGUCGAUGUACCGCAGGAGCCGACGGCUGAGGAGGUGGAUGCUGCGAGGAAGGCGGACGCGCUGUUGCCGCCGGGGAUGAGGGGGAAGAUACCUGAAGCACGAUGAUGAAGUCCUGUUCUCGAUACCAGUGAACAACUAGAGACAGUGAUACUGCGGCAAAGUGGAUUUUGCAGUGAUGAUAGACGAGACUCUACAUGGACGGGGCAGUCCUUGGAUUUGGUUUCCUACGGUCGAUAUAUGGCAGAUCGCUGCUAAGAGUUUUCGCGAUACCAACGCGUACCAUGUCUUCACAUCAAUACUCUUUUCAACAGUUCGUCUAGCGCAUCGGCGCACGUGUACACCUUCCAGAAGUGUCUAUAUAAGGCCUCCCA